AUGGGCCUGUUAAGUCCGCGACAAACGGGCCUUGGGAGCUAUGGCUGCCCUCUGCCUGACCGUAUUGAAAAUGCUGGUGGCGGCCCGUUUGUGGGGAAUCUCUCAUUCUACCAAUUUAACAUGAUUGUAUCCGGUGCCUGCACUGCGAUAAAUAAUGCGAAUCGUCAACAUGAUCCCCUCCUACCAAUCCUGUCCUUCAUCUCAAUCUGCGUCCCAAACUCCUACAUCUAUCUACAAGGUGUCACCGAGGUGUUCCAGGGUAUUGCUCUAUACGCUUUCCUGAUGCUCCUCUGCGACUUUUUGGCUCCCACGGACCAGGGUAAGGUGGAAUUCUUCUCUUCGCUCGAGACGAAGAGACAGUGGCAACCGAAGAAGAAGAGGAAUGGUCUUGUAUUUUUGAGUUUGACCUGGUGGUCUGUCCUUCAAUAUCCAAUCAUCACCUGGAUUGCAGCUGUCGCACAGGUGGUGACCCAGUUGCUGCACAGGUACUGCCUUGGAAGCACGGCACCGCACUUCGCUCAUGUUUGGAUCACAGCUGCCACAUCUCUGUCGACAUCAGUAGCAAUCAACGCCAUCAUUCAAUUCUACACGAACAUGAAGGGAUACAUGAAAGAGCACCACCCGCUUACCAAGUUGCUGGCAUUCAAGCUGAUCGUAGGAUUGGUCAUAUUGGAAAAGAUCCUCUUCCUCAUCUUGGAGGGCGUCAAUGUCCUCCACAGAAAUGAAAUAUUGACUUAUGUCGACGUCAUGAUGGGCCUACCAGAGAUGAUCAUCUGCGUGCAGAUGGUCCCGCUAUGCUUCUUGGUCCUCUAUGCCUACCGGACAAAGCCUUACGAAAUUUCCAACGCUCCUCGCACCGUGGCCCUGCGGCCUCAAGAGUACCAAGCCGUCGAGUCCGAUGGCGACGAGGAUACCUUGAUGAGUGGAUUCCAGAAACGCUACCAGGGUGGCUGGAUGGGACUGAACGCCUGGGCCGCUUACUUGAACCCGCUGGGCUUGCUCCUGGAUGUCAUCUCCGCGCAUAGAAUGAUCUCCAAGGCUCGGGCUCUGCAAAAGGCGCAGAUGUAG